AUGCGUAUGAUCUUUGUGUCUACAAUCUUGGCCUUUGCUGCCACUGUAGCAGGUAUCGAGAUCCUCACACCUACUAUUGGCCAGAAGGAAUCCCAAGAUGAUUCUAUCACUGUGAAAUGGAAAUAUGUCUCGACGGACCCCCCCAAAAUGGAUAUCUACCUGGUGAACCAGAACAGCUAUCCUAACACCAAAGUACUGGUCGCUUCUGGUGUGGACAGCAGCAGCGGACAGUACAAGAUUAAGGCUAGCGAUGUUAAGGAUAUUGACACCGGUUCCGGAUACCAAGUCAACUUCGUGGACACGAACAAUGGUGGUAUUCUGGCUCAGUCACAGCAAUUCAGAUUUAGCGUCUUCAGAUGCCACUUUAAGUUCGACUUCUGCUUCUUAUACUUCUUCUCCGACAGCUUCCUCCACUUCUGCGACUGCUACUCACUCCUCCAUCAGCUCGUCAAUUCCUUCCUCCUCCUUGCCUACUUCUUCACCUACUUCUACUGCCUCAUCUACUAUGACCAGUUCUUCAAUGAGUGCGUCCUCCUCUACUAG